AUGACACCUGUAGUAGUCUACCUGUUGGGCUGCCUCUGGAUGGCAGUAUCCAUCACAGCACACAUGUUCAAUCACCCCCCCUCUAAAAAGACAUUAACAAGUCAGGCGCUUUUAAAACGGGUGUCCAACUCUGAGGAGGAGGAUAACUAUUACACCAUGCAUGACGUCCUCAACACACCUCUGAAGACGGAGGAGGACCACCCCGUCCUGUACGACGACCUGCCGGACAAAAUAAAAAAUAAAAUGGUGGACAAUAAUGAUGUGCAAAAAAUAAACAAAUUGAAAUUAGUUGCUCGAACCAAUGCAUUCAUGAAUUUCAAAAAAAGUUACGAAAAGCAAGAAUCCACUCUGGAGCAGCUGUACAACCAUAUGCGUGAAAUUAUAAGCGUCGCUCUUAGUAUCCCCUUGGAGGAAGUGAAUCUACAUGACAUUAAUAUGCUGCUUGCCAAAUGGAGAAUGUUGAGCAAAGAGAGGAUCAACCCAGACGAACAAAACAACGACGAACGCUACUUUAAGACCGUCAAAAGGCAUGGUGCCCAGCCCAGUAGUAUAACUCCUUCUACAAUAAUGAACCACACAAAAGGAAUGAAAGGAGAGAGACGUGGUCGGGGGAACUUUUUCAUUGACCCCGAUUAUUUCCUCCAGUUGGCUCUCUGA